GAGUCGUUUGGACGAAGGUUUAGUUAUCGAAAAAAAGUGAUCGAAAUGUCAUGUGAUCGUAUCGUCAUGCGGUUGAAAAACAGAUGGUCGAAUAUUUUAUUAAUAUAGUCGAAAUAUUUUGUGGUCGAAUGGGUUUUUUGAUCGAAGUAAAGAUAAUGAUUAGCUUUUCGAUUACUUUAUCUAAUAUUUUUAUAGAUGUACAUAGCCCGUAUGUAGAUAUAUAUAUCGUAGUAGGUAUAUCGUAGUCUAUUAAAGUAUUUUGAACAUUCAUAUAUAAUUGGUAGACAAGUUAUGAAAACAAGAGGAAGACCAAGAAGAGAACCAGUUUACACGCCUCCACUUUUCCCUCCAGAAUUAUGGUCUGUAGCUGAAAGGUUAUCAUCAGGAUUGCCCAGGACGACAAAUACGGCAGAAUCCUGGCAUAGAAAAUUAAAUAGAUUAAUAUCGCCACAUCCGGGACUACAUAAAUUAAUCAAAACCUUACAAUCUACUCAGAACGAAACUGAACCAGUAAUUGAGAUGCUACUUUAUGGGCGCAGUAAUAAAAAAAUGAAAAUUCAAGUCCAAUCCCACAAUAUACGUUUAAAAGAAGUGCAACAAAGAUUCUUAGCUGAUCCAGGUUAUGAUUUACUAGAGUAUUUAAGAGGAAUAGCACAAAAUUUAAAAUUUUAA